AAACUCCAGGCAGUGACUGAAUUGGUCAACAAACUUACCGAAGACCUCGAUAAGGGCUCUCUAUCCCCCAAAGACCGAGAUGAGGCUCUGGAAGAACUCAAGAUCUACGGGCGAGACCCUCGGAAUGCAGAUCCCAUCUUCACCAAAGAGGGCAUCUCGAUGCUGCUACGGUAUGGCUUUGACAGUCCGUCCAGCGACACAGCCCGAGCGGCUCUGAGGGUUGUGGCAAACUCGAUGCUGCUGAAGCCUGAGAUCAGACGGAUGCUCGUGGACCAAGGCUUCGCCGUAAAGGCUUGCGAGGGACUCAAGACCGACAACUGGGAUGAUGAGUUUCUCAAGUCACGCAUUCUGCUGCUGUCCACCUACGGGACGAAGGAGCACUUGGCUAAUCUCAUUGCCGAGCACAAUCUUGCCGAGAAUAUCACGGAGAAUUUAAGGCGACAUGCCGAACUCGUGGAUACCAAGUCCUCGCAGUCGCAGCCCAUGGAAGACAUGGCGCUCGCUGAGACGUUGAAGCUCUUGUUCAACGUCACUCACUUCGCCAAGGACGAAGUUGCUCGGUUCAAUGGAGCCGUUCCGCACAUUGUCACACUUCUCUGGAAGCAAGACAUUCCAGCCUCUAGCCCUCUCGACUCAACAUUCGGACCUUUGGUCAACGCCCUGAUCAAUCUCGACAUCUCCACUCCUUCUAAUCGAGAAGCCCUCUAUCCCAGCUCUGAGCCCAACAAGGUCGCGGCUCGGCUGAUAUCUCUCCUCGAUGCAGCCAUGGCAUUCUACGGUGACAAUGACCUCGACGCUACCGUUACCCCCUUGGUUAGCACGAUACUCAAAGUCCACGAGCAUGCUCCCGAGUCAGUGCGCCAGUUCAUCAGCAGCAAGUUACUGCCAACCGCAGAGGACAGAAAAUCGGUUCUCGGGAAAGGCACAACACUUUCGGCAAGGUUACUGAAGAACUCGACCAAUCCGCUGACUCCCUCCCUACGAGACGUCAUCGCCCACCUUCUAUUCAAUCUAUCUGACAAGGAUGCUAACAAGUUUGUGGAAAACGUCGGCUACGGAUUUGCUUCCGGCUUUUUGUUCCAGAACAAUGUACCAAUUCCCGGAAGUGCAUCAACAGCCUUCAACGCCGGCGACUCUACAGGUGCCCAGAGGCUUGUGAAUCCCAUUACAGGACAAUUCCUGGAUCAAGAGAAGGUCGCAGAGAUGCCUCCCAUGACUGAAGAUGAGAAAUUACGCGAGGCGGAGAGACUGUUUGUGCUCUUCGAACGACUCAAGAAGAACGGCAUCAUCGACGUCGAAAAUCCCGUUGCACAGGCUUUGCGAGAAGGAAAAUUCCGAGACCUUGGCGACGACGAGGUUGAGGAGCUUGACUGA